AUAAAUUCCCCAGAUGACCGCGGUGUUUUGGAGGGAAACUGGUCUGGGAAUUACGUGGGUGGAACUCCUCCCACAGCCUGGAGUGGUAGUGUGGAAAUCCUCAAAAAAUACCACCAGGAGGGUGGAAUGCCGGUCAAAUACGGCCAGUGCUGGGUGUUCUCUGGGAUCACCACCGCAGUACUGAGAUGUCUAGGUAUUCCUGCCCGUUCUGUCACAAAUUUCCAGUCUGCUCAUGAUACCGACGUCUCCUUGACAACGGAUGUUUACUUUGAUGAGAAUAUGGAACCAAUCCAUCACCUCAAUUCUGAUUCUGUGUGGAACUUCCAUGUUUGGAAUGAUUGCUGGAUGGCUCGUCCGGAUUUGCCUCCUGGAAUGGGUGGCUGGCAGGCCGUGGAUUCCACCCCUCAGGAAACCAGUCAUGGAACGUUCCGCUGUGGUCCAGCAUCACUGGCCGCUAUACGCUCUGGACAGGUCUACCUCAAAUACGACACACCUUUCGUAUUCGCUGAGGUGAACAGUGAUAAAAUCUACUGGCAGAGGAACCUCGAUGGCACCUUCAGUCAGAUCCACAGCGAGAAGAAAGCUGUGGGGCACUGCAUCAGCACCAAAGCUGUAGGCUCUGAUCAGCGUGAAGACAUCACACAUAUUUACAAAUACCCUGAAGGCUCAGAGGAGGAGCGUAUCGCCGUGGAGACUGCUUGUCGCUAUGGCAGUAGACCUGACAUAUACUCCAGUCCCAUUGCUGAAGAUGUUCAUGUGGAGGUGAAGAUAAACGGAGAAGGUCCACGCAUGGGAGUAGAUGCACAGCUGCAGAUUGUUGUAAAGAACCUGAGCUCAGAGCCUCGCAGAACCACACUCCACAGCCAGGUGGCAGUUAUGUACUACACCGGCGUGCUGAAGGACACCGUAAAGAAGGACAAGCUUUCUGUUGAGCUAAUGCCAUAUGAAGAAAAGAUUAUUGAAUGGAUCCUGCCAUAUGAACAGUACCAGAACCAACUGGUGGAUCAAGCUGCGCUCAUGCUGACCCUGUCUGGUCGGGUCAAUGAAACCCAGCAGGUUUUGGCCAAUCAGACGAGCUUUAGACUGCGAACGCCUGAUCUCAUCAUUGAGCCUAUGGGAGAGGCUUAUGUGGGCAAAGAGACGUCAGCGAAGAUCACGUUCACAAAUCCUCUGCCGUGUACACUCCGUAAUGUGGUGGUGCGAGUGGAGGGACUGGGGCUGAGAGACCUCCAUCCCAUCAGAGUGGG